AUGGCGACAGAAACUGGGCAAAAUAAUAACCGAACUCGCUUUCAUAAGUUGUCCUUGAAGAAGAACUAUACAAAGAGUAUUGAAGUUACGAAGAAACUAAAUCGUAGUUCUGAUGUUAUCAUCCUCGACGAAUCGUUUGAUAGGUUACAAUCAGACUUCACCAAAAAUGUACAAACACAGAGAAUAUACUCACCAAUUGUGAUAAAUGACUCGUGUGAACUAUCUGAAGGUGAAGGCUUGCGCAAAAUAAAACUUUCAGACAAUGAACCAAGUAAGGCAGGAAAUGUCUUAUUUAACUCUUCAAAGGAGGAAGAAGUAUUUAAGACCACAUUAAAUGAAUCAAGGCCAAGCAUAGGUGGUUGGUCACCAGCUCAAAAUAUCAUAUGUGCUACUCCAAGGCAUGAGCCACUACCGUCUACGCCAAAGGACAUGGCUAAUGAAUCUUUAGAACAAUGUUCUAUAAAAAAGAUUCAACAGUCGCAACAAAAAUUACUCAGUGAUUUAUAUGGGGAAACAUGGAAGACAAUUCCAUCACUAUUUAAAACCAUAUCACAUAAGCAUGACAAUUUGGACGGUGUUUCAAAGAAACUUUACUUCAAUGAUGACGAUGAUAGCGACAAAGAAAACAUAAAAUAUGAUUUACAAAGAAAUAAACUGCUGUAUUUAACAGGUUCGGAUGCUAAACACAAAACUAACAACAGACUCAGCAACACAGAGAAGAAAAGUAAAAAGAAAUUGUACACUGAAAAAGUUCCUAAUACACCAGAGGUGUCCAAACUAAAGCCAAAGAUUAUUGGAGAUGUUAAAAGCACAACAAAGAAACGGAAAGGUUUGACUGUAACUGAAUUGGUGGCAGUUAUGAAGAAUGAUGUUGAAGUUUUGACUAAAAAGGUUGAAAAUGUUACCAUCACACCAGUUAAUGAAUUGAAUAUUAAGAGGCUUAGUUUCCUUGGGUCCUUAGCUGAUAAUGUGCCAUCAUGGCGAUGUCAUCCUGAAGCAAUCCAAUACAGGGACAACUUUAAAACUCUACGAGAACAACUAACUCGCCGUUUGUACGUGAAAUUCAAUCAAGUUGUGUUUAAUAAUGCAUUAGACGAAGAUAUGCCGAUCAUUUGGGAUACUAAAUUAAGAAGCACUGCUGGAACAACUACAAACAGGCAGGUGAAGAACGCUAAAGGUGACCGCAUACGCACUUCCAGUAUAAAGCUAUCCACAAAAGUUGUGGACGCGCCGCAGCGGCUUCGCGACACUUUGAUCCACGAACUUUGCCACGCUGCCACGUGGUUGAUCGAUGGCGAACUACGCGCUGGACAUGGACCGCUGUGGAAGAAGUGGGCGACGCGCGCUUUGCAAGCUUUCCCUGAACUGGGCGAGAUAUCGAGAUGUCACGAUUUGGAGAUCUAUUACAAGUACUGCUACAAAUGCACUAAAUGUGGAUACAGCAUAAAACGCCAUUCUAAAUCAAUCGACGUUACUAAGAAGUGUUGUGGAUACUGCCGAGGGACGUUCGAAGUGAUAGUUAACAAAAAGAACAAAGAUGGAGUCGUAGUUUCCACGCCAGCGAGAAAAGGGGGACUCAACGAAUUUGCAUUGUACGUGAAAGAGAACUAUGGGACCCUAAAAGACGGGACCAGGACUCAUGCUCAAGUUAUGAAACUGCUCGGCGAACAGUUCUCAGCUAGAAAGAAGAAACCCUGUGAAGAUAAUAUAGUCGAUACGGAUAUAUGA